AUGACUCCCCUCUCAACCCCUUACCUGGCCGCCCGGCCCGUCGUGCUGAGCCUGGCAAAGCUUCUUUUUCUUUUUCUCGCCCACAUUCCUCUGAUCUCCUCAGCUCCCGUUUCCGUCACCCCGCCUUUCUCCUCCCUCUUCGCCCGCGAUGCGGAACCUCCAAUUGAUCCCAACGACCCGAGUCUGUGGUUGUUUCUGGGUAUUUCAGCUGCCCUUGUCCUGAGCGGCGGAGCUUUUGCGGGUCUUACAAUUGCCCUCAUGGGCCAAGAUGAAAUCUACCUGCAAGUCAUCAAAACCUCUGGAGAGGGAUCUGAGAAAAAGAACGCUGAGAGCGUUCUGAAACUAUUGAAACAUGGAAAGCAUUGGGUUCUCGUGACUUUGCUGCUGAGCAAUGUCAUCACAAACGAGACUUUACCCAUUGUCCUCGACCGAUCACUGGGUGGUGGUUGGCCCGCAGUGCUGGGGAGCACGGCGUUGAUCGUUAUCUUCGGCGAAGUCGUCCCUCAGUCGAUUUGUGUCCGUUAUGGGCUCCCGAUCGGCGCGUGGAUGGCACCCUGUGUGUUGGUUCUGAUGUACAUCAUGUCGCCCGUUGCAUGGCCUAUUGCCAAGCUGCUCGACAAGCUUCUCGGAGAAGAUCACGGUACGAUCUACAAAAAGGCCGGAUUAAAAACCCUCGUUACCCUCCACAAAACCCUCGGAGAGGCCGGCGAACAACUCAACUCGGACGAAGUCACAAUCAUCAGUGCGGUGCUGGACCUCAAAGAAAAAUCGGUGGGAACAAUCAUGACGCCCAUGGAGGAUGUCUUCACCAUGUCUGCCGACACCGUUCUCGAUGAAGCGACCAUGGACCUCAUCCUCUCGCAAGGAUACUCUCGAAUCCCCAUCCAUGCACCCGACAACCCAAUGGAUUUCGUUGGUAUGCUUCUUGUGAAGAUGCUGAUCACUUACGACCCGGAGGAUUGCCGGCUUGUCCGCGAGUUUGCCUUGGCCACGCUUCCUGAAACCCGUCCUGAAACCAGCUGCCUGGAUAUCGUGAAUUUCUUCCAGGAAGGAAAAUCCCACAUGGUUCUUGUCUCUCAAUACCCUAGCGAGGAUCGUGGUGUUCUUGGUGUCGUUACACUUGAGGAUGUCAUUGAAGAACUGAUCGGUGAAGAGAUCAUUGACGAAUCUGACGUUUUCAUUGAUGUUCACAAAGCUAUUCGGCGGAUGGCACCUGCUCCCAGGGCUCGUGUUCCCAAGGGCAAGAUCGUCGAAGAGCCUCCCAUCACUGCUCGUUCGCUUACCGAGGACGAGCUGGUUGACCUGGAACGCACCGAUCCUCUCGCUCGCAAGAAAUCCGAACCUAUUCGACGUCGCAGUUCUGUCGAAGCGCCGCCCACACGGUUCCAAUUGCGCAUACCUGACAGCAACGCCACCUCAACUGAUGGUUGGGUCACUCAACGCGGUACCACUGACGAGAUUCGAGAGCAUUUGAAACAUCUUGGCCCUUCAAACCUUGCCAGUCGACCUCGACAAACCCGUUACUCUGCGGUCAAGAUCAAGCGCAGGAACACCUCUCCCACUCGAUCGGCACAGACCGAUUUUGAAUCUGGACAAAGCACAACCGAUUCACAAUCGCAUCAAGCGAUGCCUUCUGGCUACACAGGCGGCAUCGGGGCUGGCCUUACCUCUGCAGGACCUGAUGCCAAAGACGGAGCUCAUGCAUUGAAAGUUGGGUACGGUACGAUGUCCCAACAGGACCAAGUCACCAAGUCCACGAAUGCCCAGCAGUACAAAGACCUUCCUCAAAUCUCGAUCCCUGAAUCUGUUCAUGAAGAGCGCGAAGACCAGACGCGCACAGAAUCUACCCGACAAGGAAGUAGACAGGCGAGUACAUCGAACAGCACCCGGUCAUCCAACUCCACUGGCGAGAAAUCGAUGCCUCAUUCCCCUUACCCUCACCGUGGGCCGACCCGAAGCGGCAGCAUCACUGAACAGAUCGUCGAUGUCAACGGAAUCCGCAAAGUCGUCCUUCACGCUGCCCCAUGCUCGUCAUCGGACGGAGAGCUGCAACCCCAUGAACCCACCCAUUCUCACUCCCAUUUAUCUUACAAGGAUGCACUGGCUAUUGAAACAGACGGAUCCAAGUCUGCAAACACAGUCAAAAGCUCACAGAAAAAGAAGCGUCGCAAGAAAAAGCGCGGCGACCACCAUGCCAAACAGCAGCUGGAUGGCGGCCCGGCAGAAGAUCAGCCUCUAUUACGACAAGACUCUUGA